AUGAGCGAGGCAGACGUGUGGCAGCAGGCCGCCACGGCGGGGCGGGGCGCGGAGCAGGCGCAUCGCGAGGCGCGCGAUGCGGACUCGGCGUCUACGUCGUCGGUGGACUCGGUGAACUAUCUGCAGUACCUUGAGAAGGCGACGGCCAAGAACCCGUCUGUGUUGCUAGAGCUCGAUCCGGACGGCAACGUCAAGUACGUGUCGCAGGUGUGGGAGACGGUGGUGGGGACGCGGUGCGCGGAGGUGGUGGGGCGGCCGGUGUCGGAGGUGAUCCUGGGGGGCGACCAGGACAAGCUGGUGUUCCAGAAGGCGGUGGCGAUGAUGUGCCAGGACGACCGCAGCUGCCGGGUGCGGUUUCUGACGGCGCUGGGCCCGGAGCGCGCGGCGGCGGACGGGGAGGCGGUGGUGGAGCUCGAGGCGCAGGGGACGCUGAUCCACGACGGGGAGAUCAGCAGCCUGCCGGCGCACUCGAUGUGGAUCGUGAAGCCGUUCUACGAGGUGGACGAGCUGGACGACUUGCCGCCGGACUUCGUGAAGCGGCUCGGCUUCGGGGCGAAGCUCUUCUCGCACUACUUGCAGCAGAUCGAGGAUCUGGAGGUGCUAGACGAGCAGGAGCUCCCAACGCCGAAGUGCGAGCUCUGCCGCGUGUGCGAGACGCUCGUGCCGGCGUGGUGGUUGGAGACGCACUCGGAGAUGUGCGUGUGCGAGCACCGGAUCGAGAGCGCGGUGCAGCUCAUCCACGAUGAGUUGGUGGAGCUCAAGAGGCUGAUAGAAGACUUGACCGGCGCGCUCGGCCAGCCCGGCGCGGCGGCGGAGUACAAGGGUCUCGCGUUGCCGCAGCCGGACCCUAGCGACCUGGGCCCUGCGAAGCAGGCGCCCGUGAUGCUCCAUCCGUCCCUGAGCUGCCCGAACUUGUCCGACGACGAGCACAACCCGUUCCGCCGCGCGAGCCGCUCGGGCAAGGACGCACGGUCGCUGUUCCACCACGUGCGCUUCCCCUUCAAGCAGCUUUCGCUGUUGAGCGAUUUGUGUGAGGACGCCAUCAACAUCAACACCAGCGAGUUGCUCGACGCGGACGUGCGGGAGCAGGACUCGCCCUACGGCCUUCUUAACAUGCAGUCGGUUACAUAUCGCUUCUCUCCGAACACCAAGAACAACAUAGAUCACGUAACUGCCUGGGAUGCCCAAUUGGGGGUCGACGACCCAGCCAUAAACCUGUUGACACAGGAUACCGUCGAGCUUGUUAAACGGAAGGUGGAGAUGGUCCUCAGGUUAGACAAUACGAUGAGGCAUUCGUUGAAGAUAAAGCAUGAGGUGGAUUGCCAGGUUGUGAAUUUGAUAAAGGAUAAAAUUGAGAGCAACAAAAUCAACCUGCAGGCCGACGAAACGAUGCAGGAUCUGGGACAGGCCGCGCAGCCGCUAUUUGGCACGUCUUGCAGUCCAUCCUCCUCCAGAAUUGCUACACCGCUUCCACAGAGGCCCCAGAGCCGUAUUCUAACGGACAGCUACAUGGCGUCGAGCUCCGUCACGGACCUGAAGGCCGUCAUGAACGUGGGUAUGCCGCCCCUGGACUAUACCUCACGGUCCAACUCGGGCUCGCAUCCGCUGUCGCGGUCUAUAACGCCGCGGCAGGCUAUUACCGACCACUCCUCAAGCGCCUACCAGCUGCCGCUGACGGUAUCCAACAGUAACACAUCCGGAGGCACGCCCGUUGAUACGAAACCGCCCACGAUUGGGACCCCGCGUGCCUCCUCUACCUCUCAAUGCAAUCUGCCCAAGCUGAGCACUAUCAUUAAUCUGACGCCUAGAAGAGGCUCGCCGCUGUCAUCUGUCGGCAUGAACACACCGUUCUCAACAAUACAGCGGAAAAGUACUGUCAAAAGCAUCGGAGAGAAAUCUCCGAUGUCUUCACCAUUUAUGGUCGGGUCUGACUUGUUGUCACCGGAGGGGCACUUACCAUCAGCGACUGCCCCGAAGCCUCCUCUAUCGCCCUUGUUACUAGCAACAAACCAAGCCAAGGCACCAACGCCAUCCAUUAAAGAUUAUGAUAUUAUUAAACCAAUAAGCAAGGGUGCUUAUGGGAGUGUCUAUUUAGCCUAUAAGCGCAUUACAGGAGAAUAUUUUGCCAUCAAGGUACUAAGGAAGUCCGAUAUGAUCGCUAAGAACCAAGUGACGAAUGUGAAGUCCGAGAGGGUUAUAAUGAUGGUCCAGAGUGAAAAACCAUACGUUGCAAAGUUGUACGCCACUUUUCAAAAUAAGGAAAACUUGUUUCUAGUGAUGGAAUAUCUAAGCGGGGGGGAUUUGGCCACACUAAUCAAGAUGAUGGGCAAUUUGCCAGACAAAUGGGCAAAACAGUACAUCACCGAAGUUAUUAUUGGCGUUGACGAUAUGCACAUGAGCGGGAUCAUCCACCAUGAUUUGAAACCGGAUAAUUUGUUAAUAGACUCGAAUGGUCAUGUGAAAUUAACUGAUUUCGGGCUUUCUCGGAUAGGUUUGAUUCAGCGUCAUAAAAAGCACCAUAGUAGACAUUGUUCUAUCCAGGCGGUGACGUCAAAGUCGAGACACAACAGUCUAACACCGGAUGAAGCUCUAGAGCAAAACGGAGCCGUUACCUGCACACCAAGCAACUUACUCGAAGGACUGAUGGUCAGUAGGAGAGGUGAGCGUUCCGAUUCUAUUUCCAGUUCCCAUUCCCAGCUAGAUGCACAGACUUUACAUCGAACUGGUUCACAGGUGUCCUUCUCUAUUAUGGACAUAUCUAGAUCUGGGACGCCGCCUCCCCCUCUGCCCGCUCCUAUAGCGUCCCUUCAGAAUCAACUGUCUCAACAACCCGGGCAACAGCAGCAUUCGCAUAUGAAUCAGCCGCAACAACUGUCUUUGGCUCCUUCAAGUAGUGGAAGCAUGCCCAAGAGAAGCGCGUCGGUGUUCUCCUCUGACAACUCUGACACUUCCCGCGACUUCGCCUUGUUCCAUCCCGAUGAAGAUGGAAGCAGGCGGUUUUUCGGCACACCCGACUAUCUCUCGCCGGAGACAAUAUUGGGCACAGGUGAAAGCGGUGCCUCAGAUUGGUGGUCUGUGGGUUGUAUCCUCUUCGAGUUUCUACUAGGCUAUCCUCCAUUCCAUGCGUCCACGGUAGAGGACGUCUUCAAGAACAUCCUCAGUGGUCAAAUUGAUUGGCCUUCAUUCCCGAACAAAGAAACUGAACUGGAAUACCUUUCGCCUGAGGCGAAAGACCUAAUAUUGAAGCUAUUGGAAUCAAAUCCAGAAGAGCGCUUGGGCGCGAAUGGGGCGCAGGAAAUAAAGGAGCAUCCAUACUUCAAAGGCAUUAACUGGAGCAAGGUAUACGAUGAAGAAGCGUCUUUUGUGCCAACUGUUGAUAACCCAGAGGAUACAGAUUAUUUUGAUCUUCGAGGAGCUGAUUUGGAUGAAUUGCUGCGCGACAAUUAUGGUGAAGAUGAUUUGCAAAGUACUAGCGGGAUGCAUACUCCAAACUCAUCCAUGCGGACGGACAAAAAACAGCCCAGCAACCACAGUAGCGGCAACAGCACGCCUGUGCCAAAAAUGAGUAUUGCUUCAGUUUUUGACCCGCUUUCGCAAGACAAUACGAGUAGUAAUAGUAACUCGCCGAUAUUGAAACAUAUCCCCUUGGCGAUUCCUCCUCAUUUGAGGGAAAGGCGGCCUAGCAAGUUGAAUGAUAUUCAAACAGAAUUUGGCUCUUUCAGCUAUCGAAAUCUAAGCGCUCUGGACAAAGCAAAUAAAGAUACCAUAAAUAGGUUGAAAAGCGAGCACUACUCAGAUCACCAUCACGUCAGGGCAUCUCCUGGCUCUCUGUCAAGCUCUUCUUCCGAGGCAUCCUCCAAGCUAAAAGCCGCCAACCCAGGCUCCAGUGCUUCGUCUCCAAUCUGCAAUAAUGCCGGUAAAGGAACCUUUAGCAGAGCAGGUUCUCCGCAGAUGGCUCGGACACAUUCUCCAAGCAGGCGGAACAGCAUAGAGCAGUCGGCUGCUCCCGGCGCCGGUACAAUCACGCAGCGGCGCCACACCUGGGACCACCACAUUACUCUGGAUAACGACUAUCCUCCACCAGGCCCGCCCAUCACAAAGUUCAAGUCGCCCCUCUCGCCAACCCAGAACAUGGGGACUUCUCGCUCAAGGAUGCAGUCCAGGACGUCUUCCCAGCGCACCAGCAUCAGCGAAAUCUCGAUGGAGGACGACGAGCGCCACAUAGCACUCUCCAAAGUGAACACCUUGCGCAGCCGCAGGCGUAGCGGAAGAAAAAGCUCCUCCGGCACAAGCGAGGUGGGAUACAACAUGGAUGUCUUGCUCUGUGAACCCAUUCCCAUCCACAGGUAUCGCCUCACCAGAGACCUCGAGUCUUUGGGAUGCUCCGUCGUCGCCGUAGGCACGGGCGACGAAAUCGUUCGACGCGCAACCAGCGGCGUCCGCUUCGACCUCAUCAUAACCACCCUGAAGCUCCCCAAAAUCGGCGCAGUCGACAUCACCCGUCUCUUGCGCCAGACCACGAGCAUCAACUGCACCACCCCCAUCGUGGCCGUCACUGUCAACUAUCAUGACGCAGGAACCCACAUCUUCGACGACGUCCUAGAGAGACCGAUCGGAACGGAACAAUUGCGCAAAUUGGUUUCCAAAUAUGCCCUUUUUAAAUCUCAGCAACAUGAAGACACCAUCCUGAGUGAUUCCGAAAUGUAG